AUGGCGAUUUUUGGAGACCUGAUGGCGCCCAGGAAGAGAGUUGUUCGUACUCAGACUGCCAGAGUUGCUAGAGAGGCUGAGGAUGAGCAUGUCCAGCCCGCAGUUCCGCAGCAGGCGGCUCCGCCUAUUGAUCAGGAUGCUUUGAGACAGAUGGUUCAGGAUGCGGCUAGGCAGGCUGCACAGGAGACAGUCCAGCAAGCUGCCCAGGAGGCUGCCCGAAUAGCUGCUCAGGAGGUUGCCAGACAGAUGGCUGCAGUACAGCAGGGUCCGCAGAUUCGCAUGCAGCAGGCUCCACCAGUUCAGGUUCAGCAUUAUCAUCAGGUUCCACAUCAGCCGGCUCCAGUCCAGCAGUACCCUCAGGUUCCUGUUCAGCCGGUUCCAGGAGUUUUUCAGGUUCCACCGCCGCCACCUGCUUUCCCAGUUCAGGUGCCCGAGGUUGAUGAGACAUUUAUCAGGGUGUUGGGACAGAUGAAGUAUGCACCGUGA